UUCUUACACUAUUCAGACGGCCCAAUCAGAGCAGCGAGCCGAGAUAUCAGUGGUACUUGCUAAACUGGAGGAUUUUGAGAUGCGUUACCUUGAGCUGCAAAAGUUAAACCAAGAGAAUUCGAUUAAGGCGUCCAGCGUAACGCAACGUCUGGAGACAGAAAUAGAGAGACAAAAGCUGCAAAUUGAAGAGCUCUUCGGGCAAAAUCAGGACUUGAAGGCAAAUGAGAAGCAUCAUCAAACCGAAAUCAGAGCACUUCAAGAAGCCAACGACCAGUUAAAAGACAAUAGUGCGCUCAAAGAUUCCGCAGCGCAAGCUGAGCUAAGGAAGUCUGAAAAUCAACUGAGCCAACUAAGGCAGCAAAUCGAAGGACUACAGCAAAAUCAUUUGAAUACAUCAAAUACGUUGUCAGCUGAAAAUUACACGAUGACACAGGAGUUCGAGAAGGUCAAGCUACAAUAUGAGCAAAAACUGGCCGCUCUGCAGAACGAGCUCAAGCUCAAGAAUGCAGAAAUUGUCGCAUGCCAACAGCAUUUUACCGAGCUGAAAUGUAGUAGCAAUGCCACUAUUGCGGAGCUGAACUAUAAAAUAAGUUCAAUCGGCAAACAUUUUUGCCAGCCAGUCGGCACCGCCAGAGUUCUGAGUAGACGUGAGACAGAUGAUUCAAUCGUGUCACAGACCGCACCUGUAACUAUAUCUCCCGAGGAACCACUCAAUACGGCAAAUGUUGGUGAAAACUCGAAUGACACUAUUUUCGGAAUAGCUGCACAUAUAUCUGACAGACUACGGAUGCUACCAGAACGACAAAGAAAAACAAAUAAUUGGUACGGUUCUGAUUUUAUAUCAGAUUCUGAGGAUAACGUGUCAAAUUCGGAACCAAAACAGCUUAAAUUGAACGAAAUGGGUCCGGUCCGUAAGGAAAUGGCAAAGCUAAAGCGCACUAAAAAAACAAGCGCAUUUGAUACAUUAAAGAAUUCAUAAACAGUAGCUGGUAUCUAUCAAAAAGCAUACUCAAAUUCGUUUCUUUAAUACCAUGCAAUGGAAACGAACUUUUUUUAUACAUGCAAACAUGUUGCAAUUCUGUAUUAUUGUAUGUUUAUGCAAGGAGCAUAAUCAUUCAAAUAAUGUUCACUCAUGUAACCCAUAUUAUGUAAGUCUUUAUGAAGUUGGCUAAUUUGUUUUAGUUUCACUUCAAUAAUUUUGCUUUGGCCAUGAAGUAACCAUAUUUAUCAUUAUUAUUAUCAUCAGUAUAUAUUGACAAAACCUAUUUUAGUUUUGUGUUAUUUUAUGUUUAUGUCAAGCGCAUAAUCAUUCAAAUAACUUUCAGGCGUGUAAGUCAUAUUAAUAAUAAUCAAUAACUUUGUUUUCUUAAUAUAUGUAUAUUACAAACAUAUUCUGUAACUAUUAUUAUUAUUAAAUACAACAACUAUAAGCUUAACAAUCUAGCUUAUAGCAUAUAUACUGUGGCCUUCUGCUACAUACAAAUAUUUGUAUUUUUCGUUAUUGUAAGCUUAUGCCAGGCGCAGAAGCAUUCAAGCAACUUUUGUUCACUGACAUACAUAUCUCAUAUUAAGACUUUGUGCCAAAUCUGCGCCAAGUUGGUUUCUGUUGUUGAUAGUUUUAAGUUUAUAAGUGUGAAAUUCUUUCUUUGUCUUCGAAAAAAACAUUUUUUAUUUAAUAUUUUCACGAAAUACGUGAAGUAUCUCUUUACUAAGAUUAAUUAAUUACUAAUUAAGAAUACUAUCAUCAAGAAUAUUAUAAUCAAUACUGUAAUCAAGAAUUAAGUGAAAAUCUUAAUUGAUUUGAUUUGUACUUUAAAAUACAUUUACUAAUACAUAAUAAUUAACAUGUUAACCUACUGUUUAUCUUACAAUAAAAUUAGUAAUAUGCAAAACA